AUGUAUGGAACAUAUUGGAAAUAUGGUGGAAAUAAUUUUAAUAGAUUUCCAUCACAUUGGUUGGUUAAUGGAAGUUCAUUUAAAGUAGAUAAUUAUCUUAACUUUAAAUAUGGAAUGAUAUAUUCAAAUAGUUCUUCUCAAGAUGAAGAUUAUUGGCAGUCGAAUGUAACACGUCGAGUUGAUAGUGGAGAAAUUUAUCCAUAUGAAGAAAUUUAUUUUAAGAAGAAUACAGAAAUUCCUCUACGAUUUGUUCAAGUUGCUUCUCGAAGAUUGAAUCUUAUACAAGUAACAACAAAUUAUCAAGUUAUAUCAAUGGGAAAACCAGAUGAGAAGUAUUUUGAUUCAAUUCGAAAAGAUUGGUUUUUCACUUGUCGAGAUGUUAAUCUUGGACUUUUAUAUUAUCCACUAUUAACAAAUUUAACUUUAGAUCAAACUAAUUCUCAGCAAGAACAAAUAUUAAGAAUAACUCGUGUUAAACGUGGAUCACAAACAAUUCUUAUUCCAAACUUUUAUGGUGAAGGUUUCGAGUUUGGUCCACCAGAAAUUUAUCCAAUUAUUAUCGAACAAAUGUCUUCCUUUUUAUUGUUUACUGGCGAAAGUACCCGGUGCUGCUCGGGAAAAUUCAGUCUUAAUGUAUACAAGCAAAACUUCUAUUGUGCUUGA